GAAUUCUGUUCUGCACCGCACAACGCCAAACGACCGCCUCUCCUUCAUCACCCAGGACCGCGAUCAUUCACAAUGGCCCCAACCAAGCAGGUCAAGACUUCGGUCGCUACCAAGGACCAGAUCCUGGUGCCAGAGACCCUCCUCAAGAAGCGCAAGAGCCAGGAGAAGGAGCGCGCCGAGAAGGCUGAGCAGCGUGAGGCUCGCAAGAAGGAGAACAAGGAGAAGCGUGCCCAGAUCUUCAAGCGCGCCGAGUCCUACGUCAAGGAGUACCGCGACCAAGAGCGCGAGAAGAUCCGCCUCACCCGUGUCGCCAAGUCUGAGGGCUCCUACUACGUCCCAGCCGAGCCAAAGCUCGUCUUCGUCGUCCGCAUCAAGGGUAUCAACAAGAUCGACCCAAAGAAGCGCAAGACCCUCCAGCUCCUGCGUCUCCUCCAGAUCAACAAUGGUGUCUUCAUCCGCCUGACCAAGGCUACCUCUGAGAUGCUCAAGAUCGUCGAGCCAUUCGUUGCCUACGGUUACCCCAACCUCAAGUCCGUCCGUGAGCUCAUCUACAAGCGCGGAUACGCCAAGACUUCCCAGAAGCACCGCAUCCCUCUUACCGACAACUCCAUCAUCGAGGAGCACCUCGGCAAGUACGGCAUCGUCUGCAUGGAGGACCUGAUCCACGAGAUCUACCAGGUCGGACCAAACUUCAAGCAGGCCUCCAACUUCCUCUGGCCAUUCAAGCUCUCCAACCCAACUGGUGGCUUCCACAAGCGCAAGUUCCGCCACUUCAUCGAGGGUGGUGACCUUGGUAACCGCGAGGAGUACAUCAACCAGCUCAUCCGCCAGAUGAACUAGGUUCGUGUCUUCUUGACGAGUAAAAAGUAUUUGACGGCGUUACGUAUGGGGCCUGACGACAUGGGUCGGCAUGGGGCUCGGAGCAAUGCAAAGGCGAAUGGCGUCGGUAGCUCGUACGAAUACAAGACGUCGUGCAUACCACAAAUGUGAUACCCAGA